UGGUGUCUGGCUUAGCCUGGUCACCACCCAUCAUGGGAAUGGGAUUGGCACAUAUAUGAAGGAUGGCUGGCAUCUUGCUCCUUCCUGGCACCACACUGUUGCAGAAUCGCAUGCAUGCAUGAAUCAGAGGGGGCAGGACUGUUUAUCUUAGCUUCUUCUACCGCAAACAGAACUGAAUGUUCUACUGACCGAAAUAUGCAGGAACGCCCUUUCCCUCUCGUAUGUUAUAUAUGGGCCGCACAAAGGGAGCGUGUGCUACUGCUUUACCCGCGCCUCUUUACAUUACACUGGACACGGACCAGCUAUAGCUUCCCCUCUCUCACAGACACAAACCUUAUGGUGAGCCCUUACUCCUGUCGGGGAAUGAGAGGGAAGGCUCUGUAAAUGACGCGCCUUUCUUUUGCAGAGAGGUUGAAUAGUUGUAGGCCCUCCUCUAUGCCAGGGUCUGCCCGGUAAGCUGCUGCAGAGUGAGAAGGUGAUGUUGGGAAUGUUAAGAUGCACCAUGCGCUCUCCGGCUUCAGCCUCUCGGCUUCCCCUACACACAGGGCAUUUUGUCCAAAUGUGCCAGUCCAGUUCCAUGAUUCCUGACCCUAAAAUUAUCGCCGAUGCAGGAUCUCCUCCCAAAGCUCAGGCAUCAUCUGAGCCUUUCCAAUCAAGCAAUGUAAAAAAAUACUCCCAUUCUGUCUUCCUGUACACAGACCCUUCAGUUCCCAGGAGCUGUUGGCCAUCACGUCCCCUCUUGCUGAUGCUGCCCUGGUUGGGCUCGAAAGCGCAUUCAUAUGAGAAGUAUAUCCAUCUUUACUUUAAAUUAGGCUUUGAUGUUCUGGUAGCAGAAAGCUUUGUAUCCCAUUUUUUGUGGCCUAGUAAAGGCCUGGACUAUGCAGGAAAUCUGCUCAAUCUUCUGUCAGCAGAGAAGGACCUUGCUUCACGCAGCCUUUAUGUCCAUGCCUUUUCUAUAGGUGGCUACACAUUUGCCCAGAUGCUGGUGUCUUCAAUAAGUAAUCAUAAAAAACAUAGAGAGAUGCUGGAGAGGAUCCAGGGACAGGUGUUUGACAGUCUUGUUGUAGGAAGCAUGGAAAGGAUGGCAACAGGUGUAGCACGCAUGGUUGCCCUCCCAGCAUUUCAGCAGAUUAUUGUAAAUGGAACUUUGCUCUAUUUUUCCCUCCUAAAAGCUUAUACAGUAGAUUACUACGAGAAGGGAAUCCAGACUUUCUGGAACUCACCUGUCACCUGCCCAGCUCUUUUCUUUUACUGCAUGGAUGACCCUCUAAGUGAUCACAAUGUGGUAGAAGAGCUUCUUAAGGACUGGGAGAAGCAAGGGAUUCAAGUAAAGGCAAAGAGGUGGAAUAGUUCAACACAUGCCGGACAUCUAAGAAAGCAUCCACAGGAGUACACAGAAACCCUAAACACUUUUAUUCAAAGUUUGCAUCAGAACACUCCAAAAUGCAAGUUAUAGGUAGAGCAGAUAUUGCAUCCUGUCUGGUAUACAAAAAUCACAAAAAUGGAAGUAUGGCAAAUUUAUUUUUUUAUAAUUUAUAAAUUUAUAAUUUAAGUAAAGCUUCCUUCCAUUCCCAUUAUAAUAACUUACCGUACAAGAAAAUAAAGGAGAAUAUAAAGAAAAUAAAGAAGACAUGAAUUAAACAAUGAAAAGCAACUUUAAAAAUAAGUUGUGAAAUAUUAUUUAAAAAAUAGUAUUGUGAGGGUGAAUUAAGAAAUUGCAAAUAAACCUUUAUAUAUGAUUGAAACCUAGGAAAACACAAAAGUAGAUUAUGUCCAAGUCAGUGCCUUCAACUGUGUAUUUUGCAUAAACAUUGGGGAAAAUAUUAAACCGCAUUUUUACAGGAAUCGAAUGUGUAAAAGAGAUGCAAACUGCCCACUAGUGAACUCGCUAAUACUCUCCUGAAGCACAAAGUACAGAGAUUUCACAAGAGGUUUGUUGGGUCAAAGUGAACUUAAACAAACUAUUUACAGACUUGCAUGUUAUGCUAAUAGAUACUAAACAUGUAUACCUGCAGCCAUCUAUAAAGUGCCAAAACUUUUAUUUUUACAACAAUAGUAAUAAGUAUAUGUUAUUUAUAUAGUGUUGACAUAUACAUCAUUUACAUAAGUCUUUGCUCUACAGUUUAGGGUCGCAAUCGCAUUCACACACAGAAUGGUCAAUUAUAUCAGGAGUCAAGUAACCUGCAUCUCUGAAUUUGUUAUGUGGGAAGAAACCCACAUAAAUACAGGCAAAUAUACAAACUCCUUGCAGACUGGAAUUAAAGGGGUGGUUCACCUUUAGUCUAACUUUUAGUAUGUUAUAGAAUUACCUAUUCUAAGAAACUUUUCAAUUGGUCCCUAUUUAUUUGUUUUUGAAUUAUUUGCCGCCUUCUUUCAACUCUUUGCAGUUUUUAAAUGGUCACUGACACCAGCAGCCAAAAAACGAUUGCUCUGUGAGGCUACCGUUUUAUUGUUAUUGUUACUUUUAGUAAUAUUUCUUUCUAUUCAGUCCCUAUCCGAUUCAUAUAACAGUCUCUGAUCCAAACCACUCCCUGGCUGCUAAGGUAACUUGGACCCUAGCAACCAAAUAACUGCUGAAACUCCAAACUGGAGAGCUUUUGAACUGAAAAUGAAAUAACUAAAAAACUAGAAAUAAUAAAAAAUGAAGACUAAUUGCAAAUUGUCUCUACACCAGGGAUACCCAACCUUUCUUACUCGUGAGCCACAGUAAAUCCACAGCAAAAAAGCACCCGGGUUGUAUAUUAUGUGACAUAAGACUACCUUGAAAACAAUAUAUUUUCAAAAAGUACAUAACCUGUUUAACAUCCUGUGCAAAUAAAAUGUGAAAUUUUGCUGGCA